GCCAGGCCCUUCUCUCUCUGAAUGCAGAGAGAGAGUUCUUCUGGGCCUCUGGCUCACAGCCUUUUAUAGGGACCAGCUGUGGCCGGACUGGGGGGUGGUGGCCCAGCUGCAGCCACUUCCCAAUCAGCCUAGCUUAGCAGCUCCCAGCCACAACCUUCCCCCAGGGCUGUUUUAAGCCCUUCAGGGCAGGAGCGGGGUAAUCCCCCCGCUACACGGCCCCUGCUGAAUUUUAGUGCCUCUGCAAUACUGUAUAAAAACCUGUACUGGAUAGAGCAGUUCCUUUUCCUGCUCCCUGUAUUUUUCACGUUACUAGACCAAGACUUGGCUUUGGGAUUUUGUCCUUAUUGUAUCAGUUCAAUAAAGCAUCACAUUUAAAUUGAAAUAUCAGGGGAACCAGGGGAGCUUCCCUCCCUGCUGGGGUGUUGUGUGAACCCUACAUCCUUUGGGGAGGCAGGAGUUCACCCAGCAUUUGCCCUGGUGCACAGAUCUAUCCUAGUACCUUUACUAGCAGGGGCAGCACACCAGGGUCAUUGGGAACAGUAGCCACUCAGUGGGAGUGUAACAGAAAUCCCAGAUGCCUAUGAGGAAGCUCUGCGUCCAUCUAACACUCAAAGUCUUCACGAUCCCUCCAGCCUCAGUGCCUCAGUCCCGGGCUAGGGUGCAGUGCAGGGCGAUGAGGCGACAUGCUCAGGCUGCGCCCUGGGCUUGCCCCACCAUCCCUCCCAGAUCAGGCUCUGGUUGGGCUGGCUUUGUCCAGCCAGCACUCGCCCCCUCCUGUAGCCUGGAAUGGCAAACCCACUGCAGCAGAUGACUGUCACACUCACCCUCCAAUCAGAGGAGAGCUGGCAGCGGGAUGAAGGGGAAGGAUGUCUUGGCAGGUCUCUCGCCAGCCAAGGCUGGGUGUGUGGGGAGAUGCUUCUCCUGCUUGCCCGUCCUUUAGCCAAUCACGGCUCGGUGGCAGGGUUGGCCUUCACAGCACUGCUGCUGAUCUGGGGUGUGGGGACUCCACAAACCCAUGUCACAUCUACACCGUAAUAGCUAAAGUCUGGAACUAAAGCUAUUGGCCUAACAGCACGCUGAGGUCUAUUAACCACUAAGCUACCCGCUGGAGAACAAGUGAAGGGUCCCCAUUGUGUACAGCAUGUAUCUGUCCCAUCAUGUCCCACCAGCACAUGAAAACGUCAUUCCCAAUAUCUGCCCAUAGGGCUGUAUUCUUAAUGCGUUAACUGCCUGAUUAAAUUUGACCAGGAAUAAGUUCUUAAAAUAGCUACCACGAUGGCUGUUGGCGGGAUCACGAUGCCUUCCAAUUUUAGCAAGAACUGUCUUGGUUUGAUGGAGUAAGAGAUACCAGCCCAGUUAGUGCUCUGGGGUCUAUACAACACAUGGGUGUUGGGAUGCAGAGCUGAUGUAAGUGGAGGUAACUCCACUGAGGGAGGAGGAGGAGGAAUCGCCAAAGGAGAUGCUGAAGAACAGCCACAGAACAAAGUAGUAGCAGCAGUUCAGAACCGGAGGACUAAGUGACAGAAUGGCCCAGUCCUGCAGGGCUGAGUGCUGGAGAGAGACUUUCCUGGAGGAGUUCUUGACAAGGGACUGGCUGACUGGUCCUGCUUCCAUGGCUCUGUCCUAUGUCAUGCUAGUGUAGCAGCCAUGGGCAAUGAAGAAGCCCAUUUUUUCUCCAGAUGUCAUGACAUUUGCAUGCUGACACAAUGACAUGGGAAAAACCUAGGCCCUGGGAUGAAGUUGUCCCAUUUUCUUCUCUGCCUGUUUCAGUGUUCACAUGGCCCGGCUCUGCUGAAUCUGAAUACCAAUGGGGAAAACAAAGCCAGUCCAGCUUUUUAUUUGAGUGACUAUUCACACACAUCAUUUGGAGGCAUUCACCCAUCUCAGAAAUACAGUCCUUAUCGUAUACCCCAGGCAGAAACUGGAGAACCAGAUUGGCUUUGGAACUAAAACUCCUUUCAGUUUCAUUUCUCACACACACAGAAGUUAUCCGGUAUCUCUAGCAGCGAAGGAACUCGAACCCCACCCUGCUGCUCAGCAGGUGAUGAGAUAGAAGUGGGAAGAAAACAAUCGAAACUCCAUGUGUAACUUAGCACACUUUGGAGUGUCCUCACGAACAUCAGGAGUGAUGAAGAAGCUGAACAUGGAUUCUUGGAGAGAAAUGUUUUAUGAGAAGGUAGAGGAGGUGAAGCCACAAGACCACUGGGACCUAAAGAUGGACCAGAACCUUGAUUACAAUGACUUGGGACCUGGUUGGAAAUAAUCACUGCAAGAACAUGCAUUUGCCAGCUUCCAGUGCUCAAGGUGCCAGCAUUCCUGGUCAUCAGUUCAAGUGGUUAUUCUGUUCCACAUGUACCUGGACCAGCACAGGAGAAAAGGUUGGGUGAAGAUGAGAGUCUUUAGACAAGAAUGUUAUGAGUGCUCCGAGGGUAAGUUAGAAGAGCCAAAUUUCAAGGAGGAAAGUGUCCAGAGGGUCUUGGAGAACUUGGUCAUCAGCAUUAGGGAGAAAUGCUAUGGAGAGUAUGUGGCCCAGUUAUCUGAGGUUACAGUGAUAGGACAGCACUAUGGACCACAUCGGAGUGACCAUUGUGAGGCUUGUCGGUUGGGAAUACAUCAGAGGCCCAAACACACGAUGUAUUAUGGAAGACCCAAAGACACAUUGUACCAUGGGACAUCCAAAGACACAAUGCCACCAGUUCAGCUACCAUCACAUGAUUUACCCCAGGACACGAGUUCCUGUGUUUUCAAGUUUUGCUGUGUUUUCUGUAUUAUUUGGAUUUGAGCAGUUGAAACCUAAAGCUAUUCAAAUAGUGGGGGUAACCCCCCCCGCCCCCGAUUCAUGAAUCAUUGCAAAUACAGUCAGCUAGUUUGGUUUGCUGUGACUGGUGAGCUUGCAUUACUUGUUCUACCUGAGUGUGUAGAUAAUUGCUAGGGAUUCCAGAACAUUUUCAAAAGUCCCCCAAAACUUCAUGAAUUCUGGUGGGAACGAUUCUGCGUUGGAAAAUUUCAGCCAGAACUACAUCAGUCAUCCCUUGCUUUUCUCUAGUUAUUAUUCUCCUGUUUGAAAACUUCCAGUUAGCUAAUCAAGGAGCAGAAACGAUACCACAUGACUUAGGUCACCAACCACACACCAGGAGUAAUGAAUGGCUAAAACAAACAGUUUGUGAACAGCCCCAGAGACUGAAAUUAUUUGUCUGGACUUUUUGACAAAUCCAGUAACCAACACGUUGGAUCCAUGAACGCAGAAAGGAGCUACGUUAAUAAUGAACAUGAGUUAUGAUGACUGAUACAGCUGGUUCUAUCUGUUACCUUCCUGCUUUUUAAGGCAUUUGACACUGAAAACUGAACAACAGGAGAGAGACUGGAUUUAGCAACUGAACUAUUUGAGGAAAGAUGGGCCUAAGGAAAUGAACUAAUUCAAAAGAGAAUCAUAGCAAUGUCAGGCUGGAGGGGAACUCAAGAGGUCAUCUAGUCCACCACCCGCCACGCCAAGGCAGGAUAAAAUAAACCUAGACCAUCCCGGAUAGAAGUUUGUCUCCCCUGCUUUCAAAAACGUUCAGUGACGGAGAUUCCACAGCCUUACUUGGUAACCUGUUCCAGUGCCUAGCUAUCCCUGAAGGUUUUUCUGAUAUCCAGCCUAAAUCACCAUUGCUGCAAACAAAGCCCAUUGCUUGUUGUCCUCCCCUUGGUGGACAUGGAGAAUAGUUGAUCACUGUCCUCUUGCCUUGGACGUAGUUGAAGAGAGUUAUCACAUCCUCCCUCAGCCUCCUCUUCUCUAGACUAAACAUGCCCAAAAUCGUGGAUCCAACUGUUACAAAAAUGAUAUGUAUCCCUAAUGCAACUCAUAACACCGACUGCUUCGCUGCAACGUAGUCAGGUACCUUUUGUGUUUGUCACUCUUUUUUCCCCUUGUGCAGGAAAUGAAUUGUUCCGUCAAUAACUGUGUGUCUCUAAAAAAAAGUAAGUAACUGAAAAAGCCAAGGUGAUGGGGAAGCUUAGUUGCUGUCUCUUUAAGUGCCCUAAUUCAGGUUGGGUAGUUACAAAGCCACAUGUGUAAUGUUGUGGUUAACGGUGAAGCAACUCUUUGGUUUGCCCUUGAAAUGGAUUGUUCCUGUUGACUUAUAUACACUGACUAGCACGCUUACUUUUUAUGCUGGUAAUAGAUCCCUAAAUGGCCCCCUUAAGGAUUGAGUUCACAACCCUGGGUUUAGUAGGCCAAUGCUCAAACCACUGAGUUCUCUUUGCCCCCUUUGCUCUAAGCUGUAUCAAGUGACAUUGAUUAUUUAGUCUUGAGUAUAUUUCAUAAUGAACCAAAAGCAGCUGAAGCAGCUGACUAGGCAAUUUACCCACAGUUCUAAGGAUUCUUUUGUAGCCUGGAUUCAGUGGUUCCUCUCCUUUGGCUGGGGAGUGGGGCAUGGCAUAGGUUCACCCAUUCAGUACCAACUUCUGCACCAAAUGAGGCAGGGGCUAUCUAUCCUCAUUCGCUUCUCAGCCCUGCGUCAUUCCCGAGAACCACCUGUCUUGUGCACUGAAAGAAGCAGAGGUCCUGGGGAAAAUAUAGCAUCUGAUCAUGUAAAUUACCUUAUCAGAAUUCAUAGGCACAAGGGAGCUGAAUUAAAGCUGCACGGGCAACCUUAGCCUGGCAUUGCCGGAAUUCAGGAUGUUGCAGUCUUAAUGUUUUGAAGCUCCCACUCUGUCCAUCUUGCUCUUAUGUCCGAGGGGCAGUGCUGACUCGCCUCAGGGAGGUGUUUGAGUUACACACAUUGGGUGGGCACAGAUAAUCCUCACUUGUAACCAUUCCCUGCCACAGGCAAUCAGAGAUGCUGCUGCAUGGCCUUGCUUGGUGCAAUUGUGCAAUGCUCCCACAACAUGCUAUUCUAGUGAGUUUCCUGCCCCCUCCCCGGCAAGCCCCCAUUCCCCCCCCCCCAUUACGCUGGGUAUGAAAAGGAAUCUCUGUCCUGAACCCAGAGGAGAGAGGCAUCAACCGAAGUGUUGCACUGAGCCUGUGCCUGCAGAUGGCGUCCUGCACCCUUAGCCUGAGAUUUGAUUCCUCCCAGAUAACACUUUUAACCAGCUAUUGCCUUUUGGCUACAAUGAUUGACUCAGGGACAGAAGUAGCCUAGAGAAGCCUGUUUGGGUUAAAUCUCAGUCGGGGUCUGUGCUGUUGAAGUGCAAUACAAUGAAUGUUCCUCCUCUCAUCUCAGUUUUGCCCCUUCUGCCUAACCGACCCCUCCAAACUAAAGCCAAAUCGAAAUUAAUAAAAUCUAAACAAAUGUAAACCCCACCCCUGAGUUUUUACCCUGCAAAGGGAGAAGUGCCAUAAAAUCCACUCUGGACUUUGCUGUUGCUAUUGAUGGUACUUGGAAAGUGAUUGGCUGCUGCAAUGGUGGGCAGGAGUAUAAAACUAUGAGGUAGCUAGAUCCUCAGAAAUAUUCCUCGGGCCUUGCACAGAAUCCAGCCUGAAGCAACCGAGUCUGCAGUUAGUCAAACAUAUGGCUGGCCUAAUUUAAAGGCAACCAAAAUCUUAUCUGGGCAACCAGGGGAGAGUCCCGAGCUACGUGCUCCUCUUUAUUUUACCUACUAGCCAGCUAAGAUAUUUGAAAAUUUCUGCUGGGCACUUUCAGCAGUGAGAAAGUUGCUGUGACUGAGAGUUAAUUAUUUCUGCUUGCUCUAUACUAAACCCAGGGCACAACGCUGGGCAUUCUAACGAAGUUGAAUUCAUUUGUGGCUCUGUCUUUCAAGCCAAAGUGGCUUUUUGGCUGCUAAAAAGUGGCCAGGGACUUCCCACCAGGCCUGUGUUUGUUUACACUGUUUCUUAGCUAUUGAGCUUUGAAAAUACACAUCCAGUGAAACAUAGGCCAAAGUAACCCCUGAUGAAAGGCCACUGGUGCCAAUGAUUUCAGCUCUUCCACUGCGACCGAGGGCACAAGCCAGACUCAUGUAGCAGUGGGGCCUUUUCUGAGGUUUCUUUUUAGGGAGGAGCAGCUGUGUUCCUUGUUUCCACGAAUAACGUGUUUCCUGUUGCCUUUGCAGGUGUGACUUGAUGUCUUCUGACAGCUCUUGCCCUUCCCAGUACACAUGCACAUUCACACCCUCUCACUUGCACACGGGCACAUUGUUCAUAUACGUGUAGAUGAGGCUGAAAAGAAAUGACAUACUAAGAGCUCUGACCUGAGGCCCCUCUGACUUUAGGAGCCUCCCUGGGGUUCCUCAGUGGAAGAAGGGGCUUGGAGCGGGUGCUGAUUUCAGCCACGCUCACCUUCCAUCCCCGCCUUUGCUGCACCAGGCACAGGGGGUGACCAAACGCCGCACCCCACCAUUUGCGCUCGAGUCUUCAUUCCCACUGGUGGGGAAAGGCCAGGAAAGCCCCACUCCCCAAACCAGGGGGUUGGCUGCUGGAACAACGUCUGGGACUGAACGGCUCGGGAGGUCAGGCCCGGCCAACCCCCUCACCCAGAACAAUGCUGGGCACUGUGCCUGACAUGCUCCAUUCCAGUCAAUAGGAGAGGAACUUCCACAGUCCCCAGGCAAAGCAGACUGCCCAGGGGUUUGCUCCAGCUCCGAUGUCGUGGGGUUUGUGCUGCAACCCUUCCCCCCUUCUGAGGGGAGCGCGCGAGUGUGUGUGGUAUGACAGCAUUGCCCAGCGCUGGUUGUGAUGCCCCUCGUCUCCGUUGGGAAUGCCCUGUCUGUUCCAAAGAAUCACACUGACAGUUGGUUUCCAUUGUGCACCAGCCCCGAGUCUCAUCACGCUGUGCCAAAUGGCAUUCCUGGGACAGAUGCUACAGAAAAGUACUGGGCCUCAUUUGCUAAAAAAACAUUUCUUCAAAUAAAAAGGAGAUUUUUUAAAAAUAAA